AUGGGGAAUGUUGAUAAUAGUAUUAUAAGCAGCACUUUGAGGACUGUAAAGUUGGAAACCCAAUACCUGAUCUCCACUAAAUUGUUGCCUUUUCACAUCUCUGUAACAGCAGUCCAAUCGAUAGCCAGUUCAAAAAAAUCUUCCAUUUCCUGCUAUCUCUUUUCCUUGCAAACCUUCCGUGAAAACCUCUUCAAUCUGGGUGCCUCGGCCAUCUUUCCUCUUGUUCGGGUCUAUUGUAGACUAUUACUGCUCCCUCCAGGACUGUCUUCGAGGCUAAAAUCUCGCCCAUCAAUCCCCGAACCACCAGACCCGAAGCCGAUUUGGAAAAUCUUCCGUCGACAGCUGCGUCAAAAUAAAUUGCUACCCUUGUGUUCCCUUCAUGUUGUCUCUGCCUUCUAUCAACAUCUGAGAUUGUCCAUGAUGAAUAAGAUUAGCAGUCAGAACUGCAUGAUGAAUAAAUCUACUUAAUAUAUAUUUAAGGUCAGGGAAUAGCUGUUUCAAAUUACUUGAACACUUAGCUGUUUUCAUUUAAUCUACAGUUAAUAUAUUUAGGGCCACUUUCCUUAUACAAGUGAUGUUUGAUUUUCUUUUUUAAAGGAAAAAUGCAGUUUGUAUGGCAUUGUUGUGUGUUUUCUAAUAGAAUCGAAAGUGAGAGACUUUGGGAUCAAUUAACAGCAAUUUUAACUAGAAGAACAUGGUCAUAUUUGGAGUGAAAAGUCUCGCAUUUUAUCUGGUGCUAAGGUGGUGCAUAUUAGUCUGUCCAUGGAUCAAUGCAUAUUUGGUUUUCUUUUCACACUGCUAGGUGCUUGCACUCAUCAGUAAGGAUCGGGGUAGAUUUUCUUUAAAAUAGUUGACUGGAGCUCCUCGAUGAACUUAGUUGGAAUUGUUUGUGUGCUGGUGCUUAUAUGAUUUGGAAAUGGAUUUUGAUUGAAAU